GGUUCGAAACCUAAUGGGCAAAAGGGCAAGUCUGUUCAGACAGAGCCCCCAUGUGCGUUGACUUCGGUCGCCGCCUACUAGUUCCAUCGACUGGGAGGCGAUGAGUGGAGUUCCUCUGCCCAAUUAUCGUAGCAAGCUAUACGGCAGCAACUCAGUUGGAUACCGUGGGUGCCGGACUCACUUUUGUGGAUGGCGGUAAAAACCAUGACUUCUGCCCCAGCUGCCGCUGUCAACCAGACCAUAACCUCGGGAUGGAGUAGAAAGAGCUUUUUAGCCUUUCAAAAUCCCGCAGUUAGCUUCCCUUACAUUCAACCCUUUCCGACUCCUAGCGCAGUGAAGAAGAGAAUUACUUAUCGAUGUGCUGCCACGGAGAACAGUGGUGUGUUCUCUGUGACGCCCCAAAGCAAGGCCGAUAUUGACUACCUCGGCCAGAGCACCAAAGGCGAUCUCAAUCUUAAUUCAGAAAUUGAUGACGAAGAGGCUGGCCUAGACGGGCCUAUCGAGGAGGUGGCGAGAAUGGAAACUGAAGAGGCAGAGCAACUGCUUAAUCAUUUGGGCAUUGCGGAUCCAUUUUCUGCUAGAUAUUCUCCUCGUGGCAUUUUCUGCAGCAGAACACUUAAUCUGAGGUCAAUUAGUGCCAUUGGAUAUGAUAUGGACUACACCUUGAUGCAUUAUAAUGUGAUGGCUUGGGAAGGAAGAGCUUAUGACUAUUGCAUGGGCAACUUGGGAAAUAUGGGGUUUCCUGUUGAAGGACUUUCAUUUGACCCAGAACUGGUCAUUAGAGGCCUAGUGAUAGAUAAAGAGAAAGGAAAUUUAGUCAAAGCAGACCGAUUUGGAUACGUCAAACGGGCUAUGCAUGGAACAAGAAUGCUGUCAACUCAAGAUGUAAGUGAGAUAUAUGGGAGAGAGCUUGUGGAUCUGCGAAAAGAGAGCCGGUGGGAGUUCCUGAAUACAUUCUUCUCUGUUUCAGAGGCAGUUGCUUAUAUGCAGAUGGUCGAUAGGCUUGACGAAGGAGCUAUUGUAUCAGAACUUGGUCCACUUGAUUACAAGGGGCUUUAUAAGGCUGUUGGUAAAGCAUUAUUCAGGGCACAUGUUGAGGGCCAGUUGAAGAGUGAGAUCAUGUCCAUGCCUGAAGUCUUUGUGGAGCCUGACCCUGAGCUACCUUUGGCUCUACUGGAUCAGAAAGAGGCUGGAAAAAAACUCCUGCUUAUUACCAACUCAGAUUAUCACUACACUGCAAAAAUGAUGCAACAUUCUUUCAAUAAGUUUCUGCCAAAUGGUAUGAACUGGCAAGAUCUGUUUGAGAUGGUAAUUGUCUCUGCUAGGAAGCCAGAAUUUUUCCAGAUGUCACACCCUAUGUAUGAAGUGGUGACCAAUGAAGGUCUCAUGCGCCCAUGUUUUAAGGCUCAUCCAGGGGGGGUUUACUCUGGAGGAAGUGCUCAAAUGGUUGAGAAUUCACUUGGCAUCCAUGGAGAUGAAAUUCUAUAUGUUGGUGAUCAUAUAUAUACUGAUGUGAGCCAAUCUAAGGUUCACUUUCGGUGGCGUACAGCACUAAUAUGCCGGGAGCUUGAGAUGGAGCAUAGUGCUUUAAUUCAUAGUCAAAGUCAUCGUGCAGCAUUGAUCGAGCUUAUAAAUCAAAAGGAGAUCUUAGGAGACCUUUUUAACCAACUUCGGCUCGCACUGCAAAGACGGAACAAAGGACGUCCUGCGCAGACCGUCGCUGCCACUCAUAUGGAUGAUAGGGAACUCACAGGAAGCAUUCAGAAACUUCUAAUUGUGAUGCAAAGAUUAGAUCGCAAGAUUGCCCCAUUGAUGGAAUCAGAUGGGAAUGUCUUUAAUAAUAGGUGGGGUUUUCUUUCCCGAGCAGGCCUGUGGGACAAAAGCCAUUUAAUGAGACAGAUUGAGAAGUAUGCAGAUAUUUAUACCUCGAGGGUUUCUAAUUUCCUCCACUAUACCCCUUUCAUGUAUUUCCGAGCUCAAGAACAGUCGCUUGCUCAUGAUACAUGCACAUUCCACCAGCUAAAGCAUGGCUCAAUUGAUCACGACGUCAACAGGCUUUAUGGCUAACAGCACAUUGGCUUAUGUUUCAUUGUUGCGUGCUGCAUUAUUCUUGAUUAUCGACCAAGGUUUGUUUACCUCUGGUAAUAUUUUAGAUUGAACGUUUUGAUAUUAUAUUAUCUUUUGCCUAAUUUUUAGAGUUAUAGCAUAUUCUAUCAA